UGGCGUGUGCUGUGUACGUGGUUGCAGGCACGCCUACUCCUACACGGGGAAAUUGGAUUAACACCAGUCGUCAUAUGUCAAAUCUUUUGGAUUUAUUUUAAAGAAGAAAAGUGGAUGAAAGUCAUUAGUUCACCGCGUAGUUACUGGGGUUACAUUUUCGCUUGCUCGUUAUGUAAUUCGCCUUCCUCUCCCUCUUUUGUUAUCAACGGGACAGUGUGACGUCAGCACCCAGCUGCAGGGAGGGGGGUCUGAGCGGCUCGCGGCUACUGCUUCCAGACAAGCUAACGGACGGGAAACAAACGGCAGCGGCGCUUUAGCUUAGCUAGCCGCUCGCUGAAAACCGGAGCAGAGGGCCACCGGAGUCAGUUGUACUAUCACACGUCUGGAUGUGUGAUAAAGCAGUACGCGUUUUGCGCUGACUUGAGCCUUUUAUGCAACCCGCCCUGGUCACCAAGCACCACCAUGUCCGACGCUGCUAACACUACUUCAACAGACAACAACGGAGACUCUGGGCUAAACGGGUCCUGGGUGGAGUUAGAAAUGAACAGAGGUGCAGCCGGAGCAGCCCACUCUUCCUCCACAGAUGGCGCGGCCCAAGGCCUGCUGCCCCUCCCUCAGGUGGAGGAAGAGGAGGCCAUGGUGGGGGGGCUGGAGCACGUCCCAUCCUCAUCUUCCAUCCACAACGGAGACAUGGAGAAGAUCUUGCUGGACGCCCAGCAUGAGUCGAGUCGCAGCAACUCUUCCUGUGACAGCCCUCCACGGCCCCACAGUCCCCAGGAUGAUGGACAGAUCAUCUUUGACGUGGACUUGACCAGCAGAAGAGAUAGCCAAUCAGAAGAGGAUGCAUUGGAAAAGGAGAGGGACAUGGACAUCCUGAUGAAGGACGCAGAUUGGGUUGCGGACUGGUCCAGUCGACCGGAAAACAUUCCUCCCAAGGAGUUUCAUUUCCGUCACCCUCGGCGCUCAGUAACACUCAGCAUGAGGAAGACUGGAGCAAUGAAGAAAGGAGGCAUCUUCUCUGCUGAGUUCCUCAAAGUCUUCAUCCCUUCGCUGCUACUAUCACACAUUCUCGCCCUGGGGCUGGGAGUCUACAUUGGAAAGAGGUUGACCACGCCCCCUGCCAGCUCUUUUUGAACCUGAAACUGAAGAAAAGUGCCUGAGAAGUGGCCAGGAGUCGUCUAAGAAAGUUUUGCUCUUGCGAGAAGAACGCCCAUCUCUCCUCCCUCUGCCCCGCCUGCCCCCCUCUCCCCCCUCCUGAGAUAUGACUUGUUCUCAGGAGAAAUGCAUCCGCCGUCUCCCCUCCUUACACCCCCCCUCUACCCCGUGCCCUUUUCUUCUUGAUCGCUGUAUUCUGACUGUCUGUAGAAAUCCCCCCUCCUCUCCCUUAAAUCCUUCACUUAUUUGUAAAAGCUUUUCAAAGAACGAAUAAGGUCAUGUUUCCCUUUUCCGUAGAGAUUGGGUUUUUAACGGGUGGGUUUUCAGGCAAAACGUCACAGCAUCAAACCAAACUCUUCUCUUCUACACAUGCUGUUCCCUUUGAUCGUGUGAUAAUAAGGGGGGACUGCCCAGUUUUAGAACUGACCACAGAUUGUGCCACCUUCUUGAGUAGCCCAACAAUCAAUCUCCAAAAGGGUUCGACUGAAUUCAGAGUUGGCUACAGAAACUGAAAAUGUCAUCAUGCCUUUUCCAAUUUUUUCAAUUCUCUGUAGCUUAUAUUGUUUUUUAUUUAUUUUCAGACAGUGGUGGUUUAUUGAGAAGUUGUAAUGAUGGAAGAAGUUACCAUAGUGGCCAUCCCAAACCACAAGCACUCAUGAGUUCUCCUGGGGGGGGGGGGGGGUCUGCCAGAUGAGAGAGAUUUCUGUGACAUUUUGAAAACUAUGACGUAAAAUCUAUCAGAAACUGGAAACCAGGGUUAGGUGUGUUGUGCAGGCAGGCAGUGUGUCCCUCCCAGUAAGUACGCUAUCAGUAUUUUGUGGUUGGGUUUAGGGUAACCGCGGGGUCUGAGAAGGUUCAGUCAUUUGUCCAAUAUUCAGUGUCCAUGUUUUUUUUUUUUCCAGUGAGUCUCCUGGUGUGACUGAAACAUAUCAUAGAGACACAACAGUCCAGAUAGUCCAGUCAGUCCAGUCAACCAGAUAUGGCUGGUGCUCAGAUGAUUGUGACCUUUUUUUAUCAUUUUAAAGGAGAGCAAAAAGGUAGAAAAAAGAAAAUGGGAGUUGGAUUUUUGAAAACUUCAUUUAUUUUAAUGAUAAUUGACAUAUUUUAGUCAUAAACAAUGAAUGCUUAAAAUGAAAUAUGAAAUACUUAAAUUUUACUUCGUGGAUAUAAGGUGGAUUUGGAGAUGUUAAAGUAAAAUUCCCAGUGGUAGCCAGCCUUUUAUUUUAACACUCCCAACAAAAUGUCCACAAAACAACCAGGAUUUCUUCAUCCAGCUGCAGGUGAAGGGGACUGAUGCCUGGUUGGGUCUGAGCGUACACGGGAGUGUUAUUCUCACUCUGCAUAUGUGCAGCACCAUGUAAAUGACUGACAGGAGGUGUGUGUGUUUUUGACUUAAAUAGACUGCUGUAUGAGUCAAGGUAUGUUCAGUAAGGUCUGCAGCAUGAUGGAAAAGCUCAUUUUCUGAUUUUAACUUCAGUGCGGUAUCUCUGAGGUUGGACUGAUCACUCACGGCAUAAAUGGCUGGACUUGAGUCGAAUAAUAUUUGGGGAAGAUGUUUGCAUUUUAUCAAAUGGCUGAUCCCUGUAAAUAUAAUCAUGUCUGUACAGCUUUUGGCAUAAAGAGUUCCAGCUUUAAGGGUGAUUAUAAUACCACCUUAGCUAUGAACUUUGGAGAGAGCCUUUGAAAGGAAAGGAUGCUUAGAUAAUAGGUGGGUAAAAAUGUUAAAUUAUUUAGUUAGAAAAUGAAUUCAAAGAAGUAACAUCUGAUCAGUUUUGACCCAAAUGACCAGACUUGGGGAAAAAUAAUAUGUAAUAGGUAAAGUUGCUCAUAUGUCAGAUGUGUUAUUCCAGUAAGUUAUUUUUUAUUUCAGCAUGACAUAAAUGGUUGUUUUUGGAGCAAAUUGCCUUCAGUCAGAAAUAAAUCCAGCGUUUCCAGUUGUAAAGUUUGGCAUAAUGCUACCUUAACAUUGAACUUGUGAUUAGUUUCAAAGAAAAGUUUUAUAAGGCAAUAUGCUUUUACAAAAGUGGACUGUGUUUAGUCAUAGCAGCAUUGUAAUAAAAAAGAAAUAUUUUGUAAAAAUUAUAAAAAUCACAAGCAUCCAACCUAAAAAUCCAUUACUGUUGACAGUUGGGCUUGAGUUUAAGGGAGUUCUUCAAAUACUGUUUGACCUCAUAUAUUCACUCGAGCCUUAUUUUGAAAGGCUCAUGAACAAGUGUUAACUAGGAUAGUGUCUCCGCUCCAGCCGCAGAGGUACUGCUCUGUUGUUUUGUGCCACUCACACAUCUCUGCCUGCGUCUGUAUACAUGCAGCGCUUGACAGCGAUACUUUGAAUUGUUCUCUCAUGUUUGGUUUCUUCUAAGAUGUCAUGUCUUGUCGUGUUUUGUUUUGUUUUUUUCCUGACGGUGCAGAAAGAUUGUGAACGCACAGAGCGGGAGUCCAGUUUGACACUGAUGGCAUUUAAUAGUGUUAAAAACAAACCCCCAUUUCAUUGAUGGCAGGGCCUAAUAUAAACUGGUGUGGAAAGAUAUUUCCCUCAGACCGAAACUGUCCAACAGUAGUUAUUGUAAUGAUGCAUUUGCUUUGAUUUUUCUUUUUCCCACUACAUUGGAGAAAUUGAUAAACAUUUUGUCAUUAAAGAUUACCUGAAUGAAACUA